AAACCGGAAGUCUAAACUAUAUACCAGCGACAACACAUUUCGCGUGUUUGUGUCGAACGUCUUUUAUUUUGGCUACAAAUUUGGCUUAAUUGACCUGGGGUGAAACGUAAAAAGAAUGACAACUGCUGCCCGGCCAACAUUUGAACCGGCUCGAGGUGGCCGUGGGAAAGGGGACAACGACCUUAGUUCUUUGUCCAAGCAAUAUUCCAGCCGAGAUCUACCAUCCCACAACAAGUUAAAAUACAGACAAGACGGUCAAGGAUCUAUUGAGGAGCUGAGAAACCGUGACUUCCGUAAAGACUUGGAAGACCGUGAACGUGCAGCCAGAGAGAAAAAAGACAGAGGCAGAGAAUCUGGAGGCAGCAGCAGUAGCAGCAGUAGUAAAAGGUUACGAUUGGAACCAGCUUCAAACUUGGAUGCAGAUGACCCUGUUGAUGACGAAGAUGAAGAAUCUGACAGUGAAGAUGAUGAUGAUACAAUGGAAUUGAUGGAAGAACUCAAGAAAAUUAAGAAAGAAAGAUUAGCAGAAGCUGCUAAACUGGAAGCUGAAAGGAAAGUAGAAGAAGAAAGAAUUCGUAAAGAAAAUAUUUUGAAAGGCAAUCCAUUACUGAACCAAGAAAAAAUAGAUUUCAAAGUGAAAAGACGGUGGGAUGAUGAUGUGGUGUUCAAAAACUGCGCCAAAGGAGGGGACGACAGGAAAGGCCGAGGUUUCAUUAACGAUACACUUCGCUCAGAGUUUCACAAAAAAUUCAUGGAAAAAUAUGUGAAAUAAGGAGACGGAACUUUCAAAAUGAUAAUUAUAAAAACAGGACAGAUGUCAAAAGUUAGACACAGUAGUCAUUGGGGAGAUUUUUAUCAUCGCUAUAUCAUGCUUAUGUCAUCAUUCAUAACUUCCCCCUUUUUAUUUUUUUCCCCUUUCUGUUUAUUUUUUCCACUGUUGGGAUUUUAACACUAUAGAGAAGCUGUCAGUCUAUGGAAAACUAUCAUAUUCCUCUUAGUCCCAUGUUGGUGUCAUAUCUGGAAUUAAAAAAAUUAAAAUUAAAAAAAUAAAUAAAUAAUUCAUGGAGGUUCGUGCAGAAAGGUGAGAAUUCAAACAGUGAUGUUUCUUUUCAAUCUUAAUAAGUUCUGGCAGAUUUCACCUGGGUAUCUGGUCGCUGUUGUUUUCCAUCAUCAGAGAACAUCUCUCUUUAGAUGAUGUAUGUUCAUAACCCACAUAGUGCAAAACAGCAAACUUCUUAUGUUAUUGACCCCCUUUCAUGGGAUCAUUGCUAACAUAUCAACCACAACCAUGUAAAUUUCUAAAAUAUAAUUAAAAAGUACAAUUAAUAAAAAUUCUUUCAUUCGUGCAUAUCAAUACUGCCUUUUAAUAAUUAAUAUUUAUAGAAAUCUAAUGAAAAGUACUUAAAGAAAUUGAUAAAGAUCAAUAAAAUACCAGACAUAUACUGAUAGAAUAUUUAAUAUAAAAUAUGUGUUUGUUGAAUACAAUUAUUACAUUAAUAUUUGGUUGGAAAUUAGAGCAGUGAGCUGGCAGAAUUGUUAGCACGCCGGGCAAAAUGCUUAACAGUAUUUUGUCCCUCUUUGCAUUCUGAGUUCAAAUUCUGCUGAGAUUGACUUUGCUUUUAAUCCUAUAGGUGUUGAUAAAUUAAGUAUCAGUUGAGCACUGGGGUCGAUGUAAUUGACUUGCCCCCUCCUCCGAAAUUGCUGGCCUUGUGCCAAUAUUUGAAACCAAUAUUUGGCUGCAAAUUAGCGAGUUUUUAGGCUUAAAUUACUGCACUCUUCCACAUUCAGCUCGUUAAUAAUUCAACGGCCCUUAAUGCUCAAAAUUGUUUCAGACAUUUAUCGACCUCUUGGAUGGCCAUGUAGAUCUCCCUCAUCCUCAUAGGGAUCUAUAUUAACCGCCUUGCCAAUCCUUGGCCUAAAGUAGUGGUUCCCAAACUUUUUCGGGCUGCUGCCCCCUUGACACCCAGACCACAUUCCUAUCACCUCCGCCCCAACUAACCAUCACAAACAUCAUGAUGAUGAAUGCAAAGGCACAUGGCCUAACGAUUAAGGUACUGCAUUUAUAAUUGUCAAGACAGUGGUUUCAAUUCCCAGUGCAACAGAGCGUGCAUUGUGUUCUUGAGCAAAACAAUUUCAUGUUGCUCAGUCCACUCAGCUGUAAAUGACUUUCAGGGUAGGGGAAUCUUGUAGUCUCAGUCACUUAUUUACAAUGCAAAUUGGUUUAUACUCCAGCCUUAUGAAUCCUAGAGCUCAUCACACUUAAGUCUAUGUUUAUCAUCCAAGGGAAAUUUGGCUGCUAUUUCUAGCAGGUUAACAGACUGUUUAGAAGCAACCCCCACCCCUGAUAGUUCACACUUGUGCUGCUAUUUACCUUGAAGGUAGAGAGGGAAUGAUUGAAUGGUCAAGAGCUGUGGUUCCCAAACUUUUCCAGGCUGCUACCUCCUUCACACCCAGGCCACAUUCCUAGCACCCCCCGCCCCAAUUAACCAUCACAAACAUAGACCUUUUUCUGAAGCAAAUUCUAUUUAACAAACAAAACUUAACCUAAUGGACCCCAUUAUUUUGUUGUUUUAUACUUGAAUCGCUGCCCCAUUAUCGCCCCACAUGGAAUUUUCCACCGCCGAGGGGGGCAAUACUGCCCACUUUGGGAACCACUAGUCUAAAGGAAGGGGAUGUUCUUUGAUAACAAACAUCAACAGCAUUAAGAUCGUUCCAUUCGGUUCUGCCAGAAACAUAUUGAGAAUGAAGAUAUUUUAUUUUAUGAAAAAAUAAAAUUGACAUAAAAAGGA